GGAAAGAGUCUACAUUGUUACUGAGCAGGCGACAGAAAAUAACACGAGAUCAUAAGACACAACUGUUUUCAUUAAAUAGCUGUGGGUCACUUUGACACGAUAAAGCAUAUUGUGAUCAUUGCAUCAGGGACCACGUUAAGGACCAGCGAGCGAUUCAGCUAAAUAUAUUUCGCCUUAAAAUGGGGCAAGAUUUAAAAGGAAUGUGGACCAAACCCACAAUGCACUAGGACAUUAUCAUUACUCAUCUCUCCUCAGAAUGCCUCUCCUCUCUCCUCCCCGGGCACUCUGUCUUUGUGCUGUAACGAAAUGUUGAGAUAAUGUUUUGAUCUCGUGUUUUCCUGUCAGCCAAUGGGAUGUACAACUAGCCUGUUUUUGAAGACUUUUAUUUUUCUGUUUACAGGAUUAGCGAUCUACUCGCUUAAGAAAAGAGGGUCGACCAGGAUUACAAUAAAUGUGCCGUCUUUGACCUUUUUAUGGUGAAAAUAACUUUUUUUAUUAGCCGGUGCAUCAUUUCUUAUCGUUGUUCUUUGGGGAUUCUUCUUCUGUCUUUGGGAUUUAAGGACAAUAAGUGGAGCUACUCAGCUGCUUUUAAACUCUGUUUCACAUUGAGGGUAAAAUGCGGUAAAUAUUUGUACGAACACCGAAGUUAGAACGGUAAUGUUUACAGGCAGUUAAUGUUGUUAUCAUACACCCUAAUAUGAAUAGGCUACAUGCAUUUCACAUGAAAAUGUCGCAGUUUUCUUAUUUUAUGCGAUCACCUCAUCAUUAGCUGAAGCGAACGAGAGGACUGAUCCAUUCUGCAUAUGGAUUUAGUCAUGUGUUUAUGAGAGGAUAGCGUAUUUAAAAAAAUAUAUUCGACACAUUGAAUUGUCGUAAGUGAUUUAUUUAUGCACAGUUUUAUUGUCCCGACUGGAAGACGAAAGGCAAGGCUUUGGCAAUUCACUUUUGCCAUAGAACAUUUAAGCCUUUAUUAGGUCAGGUCAUUAACGUACAAAAUUAGUUUACAUUGUAUUGAUCAGAAGGGGGAAAGUAGUUUUAUUACAGAUUGUUAUUCUUUUACGGACGUCUAGAAAACAAAGCCAUAGUCUACUUUAAAAAGAAUACGCAUAUUGUGAAUGUUUGUUUUACAUCGUUCAUAGUUGUGCUAGUUUUUAUUUUGGUAUUAUACAGAUAAACGGACCAAAGAACACAAUUUACGUUGUAUUUUAAUUAUUAUUUAAUUUUUAUUUUAAUGUACUGAGGGGACUGGUCUACAUUUUAACCUGUGCGCACUGUUAAAUUCAAAAGAGGUAACGCUCGGCAAUUUACCAGUUCCUGUCUUGUGUUCACUAUGGUAAACAAACACAGAUCAAAUUGCUUUGCAACCAGAAAUUCCAAUCUUUAUUACAAUAUUACUGUUUGUUAGCUUUCUGUUAUCGGUUGCUCAGUGUCAUAUGAAGAGCGGGUCAUUAAAAAUAUAUCAGUUGUCUUGCAACUUAAUUUUCUAGGCAGGCCAAACAGGUGUUGACUGAGCCCCACUCGCUGCAGUUAGAGAAGUGGCUGACGAAUUGCUGACGAUGAGCUCAGCAAUUAUAUAGAGAAUUUAUUAGCUAAAUGUUAGUAUUUGCAUAGGGACAACAAUGCAAUGAUCAAUUUUUGGGGGGACGAAAGGGUCUGAAUAUCAUUUUGAUUACUGACAUCAAACAGAGGAGUUUGUCAAAAUGUCACUAAAAGCCAAGGCGCUUUACACAUUCCAAAGUGAAAACAAAGAGGAAAUCAGCAUACAGGAGAAUGAGGAACUGGUCAUCUUUGACGAGAACUCGGUGGACGGAUGGCUUCAGGGUGAGAACAGCCGGGGAGAGAAAGGCCUCUUCCCGGCCUCCUAUGUGGAGAUAAUUAGGCCGCGUUCCAACUCCAACCUGACCGACUAUUCCAUGAGUCCUCCUGGUUCCCCAGGUAACGAGUCUUCCUACUUCCCCUCUGCUCCACACACGCCUUUACACAUGCGGCCGAGCUACGACGACGAUGACGAUGAUGACUGGGAUGACUGGGAUGACAGCUCCACGGUGGUGGAGGACGAGGAUCCCCGGCGGGGUGUGGGGGCUAAUGGACAUGCCCACCACCAGAGCUCCUACAGCGGCAACCCCAAUGUCCACUACCGCCCCCACAAGCCCCACAUGGAGCGGCAGGACAGCAUCUCCAGCUCUCGCAAGGGGAGCAUGGUUGGACGCAACCUGAACCGCUUCUCCAGCUUCGUACGCUCAGGAGUGGAGGCCUUCGUGCUGGGUGAUGUGCCCAUGAUGGCCAAGAUCGCUGAGUCCUACACUAUCGAAAUGGGCUCCUGGGGGCCCCAGUGGAAGGAGAGCCCCCAGCCGUUCUCCUGCUCCAUAGAGGACCCCACCAAGCAGACCAAGUUCAAGGGCAUAAAGACCUACAUCUCAUAUCGCGUGACGCCCAGCCACACAGGCCGGCCUGUGUACCGCCGCUACAAGCAUUUUGACUGGCUGUACAACCGACUGCUGCACAAGUUCACGGUCAUCUCUGUCCCCCACCUGCCCGAGAAGCAGGCCACAGGUCGCUUCGAGGAGGACUUCAUUGAGAAGCGCAAGCGGCGGCUCAUCCUAUGGAUGGACCACAUGACCAGCCAUCCGGUGCUCUCGCAGUAUGAGGGCUUUGAGCACUUCUUGAUGUGCGCCGACGACAAGCAGUGGAAGCUGGGAAAGCGGCGGGCAGAGAAGGACGAGAUGGUGGGCGCGCACUUCAUGCUCACCUUCCAGAUUCCCAAUGAGCACCAGGACCUGCAGGACGUAGAGGAGAGGGUGGACUCCUUCAAGGCCUUCGCCAAAAAGAUGGACGACAGCGUGCUGCAGCUCACGCACGUGGCCUCCGAGCUGGUGCGCAAGCAUCUGGGAGGCUUCCGGAAGGAGUUCCAGAAGCUGGGGAACGCCUUCCAGUCCAUCAGCCAGGCAUUCACUCUGGAUCCUCCCCACUGCUCUGAUGCCCUCAACACCGCCAUAUCGCACACAGGACGGACCUACGAGAACAUCGGGGAGAUGUUUGCCGAGCAACCGAAGUAUGACCUGUUCCACAUGCUGGACAAGCUGUCUCUCUACCAGGGUCUGCUCGCAAACUUCCCCGACAUCAUUCACCUGCAGAAAGGAGCUUUCGCCAAGGUGAAGGAGAGCCAGCGCAUGAGCGACGAGGGGAAGAUGGACCAGGAGGAGGCGGACGGUGUGCGGAAGCGGUGCCGGACCGUGGGCUUCGCCCUGCAGGCCGAGAUGAACCACUUCCACCGGCGGCGCGAGGUGGACUUUAAGGAGAUGAUGCAAGCCUACCUGCGGCAGCAGAUCGCCUUCUACCAGCGCGUGGGCCAGCAGCUGGAGCGUACACUGCACAUGUACGACAACCUCUAGAGCCUCCUGUACUACCACCCCCCCCCUCCCCCCCACCCCCGUCCCCUCCCCCAGCCCCGUUUUCACUCUGCAUUAUGGGGGGGGUAGGCACAUCUCUGUUGAGCCAAUAAAAAUGCUCCACUUUUAGCUCCUCCUUUUUAUUGGGGGGAGGGGGGGGAGGGUGGGGAGUGGGACGUGGAGUAGGAUUGAGAUGGAGCACCGACUAACUCUGCACUGGCUCCAAAAAGCCAAUGUCGCACCCCUUGUCCUGACACCCCCACCCACUGAUGAAAUGAUGAUGCCCAUUGAAGCCUGACAUGAAGAACUUGUGUGGGGAAUGACAGAAUGUCUGUUUGGAUUGAAAUAAGAUGGAGCUGUUAAGUAAACUGGCCCUGCUAGUCAGGGCGCGUGUAUGAUGAACAGUCUUUUUCCCCACAACUGGACUCCAUGUUUCUGUGGACACCUAAAAUAUAGACUACUUUUUUUUGGGGGGGGGGGGUCAUUUUAAAUGAAAUCUUUUGUAAUCACAUGUUGCGUGUAUGUACGUUUCAUUAAUUUAAGUGUGUAGUGUAUUAAGGGGCAGGUGACUGGGGUUUUUAGAGAAAACUGAUAGCUCAGUGCAUGACACAGACUCCCAACCAAUCCCUCCCAUUUUAGAGGGCUCUUGUGAUUGGUCCCUCGGGUUAGAGGCCUUUUCUUAUUUGUCACUCAGCUUACAGGGCCUCUGUUAUAGGUUCCUCAUUUGAGAGGUAUUCUUUCAUUGGUCCCUCAGCUUAUGAGACUCUUUGGUCAUAGUUUGACCAGCCACACUGUUUGGCAGAGUCUGUGCUUGGUCCUCAUGAUGUUGAUUAAAAUUAGGAGGACAGCCUUGCUCAGGUAUACUGCUUUCAAACCACUUCCUUUUUUCUCCCUGUUGCUCUCAGAUCGGCACUCGUACAGAGCAUUCACGCACUGACCUGGGAUCAGUAGAGAUCAGGGUUUUACAGUGCAAGAUGUGUGUAGCCAUAACGCAUUCACCUGAGCAGAUCCCCCCCCCCCCCGCUAGCCUUAACUUCAUUUGUUGCACUUAUUCUUGUCUUUGUUUGGCCCCAUCUGGGCACUGUUGCCAGGCAGAUUUGAAGAUGAGAAUGUGAAAAAGAUUGAAUAAAUGAAUAAAUGAGUGAAUGAAUGAACAAAUGAACAAAUGAAAGAGGAAAAAAGUGUAUUUUGACUUUUUCUAUGAAGUGCCUGAAGGAGUUGUCCCUUCACAUGUCAGCAUUUUCUUUUGUUCUGAGGGGAUUCCAUCGCUUCCUGCUACAUCUGUUGUUGGUUUUUUUUUCUUUUUGUUUUUGUUUUUUCCUUCACGUUCCGGCAGAGCUGGCACAGGGGAGACUACAUUUCUGUAUUGCCACGUGGGACUUUUAAGUGUUGGGCGGAGCUUUGGAUUGAUUGGUUUACGUUGCUUUUUUAUUUUAUUUUUUAAUGUAGCAAUAGUGACAUGCAAAGAAGAAAAGGAUCUUUUGUACUUUAAUGUUCUUGUUCUUAAAGGAUGCCCUGUGGAACACAUUAGAAAAAACCCCUGCUGUAGAAUGUUUGAUGAACACAGGCACAUUCAUUUUAAAAGUCUUAAGUUCCAUGUGGAAUUAACUGAGGAAAAUAUGUUAGAUGGUUUCAAACUUAUUUGGUGUAGGUGCAGGUAAAUUUAGCGCAGUUGUCAACUUUCAAAAUUGUCUUAAAUAAUGUUUCAUGAUCACCCAGUUACUAUGGACAUAAAUAAUAAAAUACCUGUUAUGAAGAUGGGAACUCCAGUCAAAAUCUAUUAUUUCAUAUGUUGUGUAAUAUGUACGGAAUGUUACUUUGCUAAAUCCUGAUUGUGUCAAUGGUGACUGGUGCGGGGGGGGCGCAUCUAUUGUGGUGAUAGCCAUAGUGUUGCCCAGGUACAGAGGGUUUCCUUUGGCAGGCCGCUAAUUCAGCUGCGUUAGUGUGAGUGAUGUCAUUGUGAUGUAAUAGACAGCUGUGUGAGGUGGUUGGAGGGUGGGGGUUUGCAGUCCGGUACAUUAAUGCUCUUUUAAUGCAUCGUUCUCUGCCAUUGAUAAUGUAAAUAUUACACAACAAAUAAGAGAUGAUAUAUUUUGACCGAAGUUUCCCUGUAAAUAAGACUGGGUCUGUUGGGUGCAUUUGGUUUUAAGACCAGAGGUAAAAAGGUCAUCUUAGUUUGUAUACAGAGGAAAAUAAAGACUAGUGGCCCUUUUGAUGCUAUGGCAGUUGCCCAUCAAUUAGGCACAACUUUUCAAGUUCUAACCUUUUGUUUUCUGUUCCAUUUCUUCGCUUCUGAUUCUGUAAACCAAGCCUCAUGGCCUUCUACUGUAAGUAACUAAGAAAAUUGUGUUUUUACAAAGAUGUUAUUUCUUCAGCCAUAUGUCAGGGAGUUGGUUGAUCUGUAAUUUUCCAGUAAGGGAAACAAUCUGCGCGGAGAGCAGUGGAAAUCACGAAGAGGAGAGAAGAGGAGAAAGGAGAGGAGAGAGGAAAGUGGAGAUGGACGAGUGUUUGAGAACGUGAAGGCCUCUCUCACUUUGACCUCGCCAAACAGCCACCGGCAGCACAAUGUUCACAGACUGAGGGGGAUAAACGGCAGGUCCAGCAGGAGCAGGUCUCGCGAGGAUGAGAGCGUACUGUACAAGAACAAUUGAAUUUUUUUUCUUCCAAAAAAACAAAGGCUGCUUCUAAGAGGAGCAACAAAACAAAGGAAGCAAGCACUGUCUUAACUUUGCAGAUUAAACAUGAUGUUAAAUCUUUGAAAAAGUCUUAAUAAAUAGUCUUAAUAAAUAAAGCGGUUAUAAAUCUG